GCGGGGCUGAGCGUCCAAUGACUGGAGGAGAGCUGGGCCCCAAAUAAAAGAGGAAACAGACGGGAGCCGGCCUCGGGCCUAGCUGGGCCGCCCACAGCAGCGGAGCCUCCGGAGCGCAGGCCUGCAGGUUUUCGGUGACUAUGCCUCCUGACCCACGGUGACGACCUUGCCGCCAUGAACAGUAAUAGCAGCCUGCCGGCCCCGCCGUACCUGGGGGCCACUGUGGAGCCGCCCUCUACUGCUCCCCCCUAUAAUGGCUCGAGGGGGCUCAUUCCUGCCGGAACCCCCACUGUGGGCACCUGGCUCCUGUCCCUGGGCAUCGUGACUGUCAUUGGGCUGGCGGUGGCAAUGGUUCUGUACAUCAGAAAGCAGAAGAGGCUGGAGAAGCUCCGCCAUCAGCUGAUGCCCAUGUACAACUUUGACCCGGCCGAGGAACAGGAAGAUUUGGAGCAAGAAUUGCUGGAACCGAACCGAGAUCUGCAGCCCCAGGGAAAGGUUCUGCUCACCAGCCUGUGCCCUCUGCAGAGACCGACCCGCCUGGUGUUCACGGACGUCGCCAACUCCAUUAGCGCCUGAGGAAGGUUCAUGACUCGUCUGUCUGGGGUCGGUGUCACUGUGACUUACCGCCGUGUCUGCGUCACCUGCCCAGGAACUAAUGACCACUGCGGGGCCCAGUGAUGGAGGGGCCCACACAUCUCUGAAUACACAGUGCUCUGCUGGAGGGCGAUCUACGGAAACGUGCUGCUCCACAUAGAAGUAUACAGGGGCCAGGCGUAUAGGACCUGCAAACUCCAUACACCACACAGAGCGCUCCACCUGUACGGUAAUACUCACCGCACACAGAGCGCUCCACCUGUACGGUAAUACUCACCGCACACAGAGCGCUCCACCUGUACGGUAAUACUCACCACCCACAGAGCGCUCCACCUGUACGGUAAUA